AUGGCUCUAACCCCCCAGUACGAUCGUUCUGAUUUCUCUCUAGAAGAUUGCCCUCAUGAGAACACUGAACCUCUCUCUCCUGACGACUUUGAAAUUCUCAAACAGAUCGGAUCAGGUGGAUUUGGCUCAGUUCACAAAGCAAUCUACAAACGUGAUCGAUCUUCUUGGGCGAUCAAAAAGUUGGAGAGGUUCACUGAAGGAACAAGUAAUAUUUUAAUGAUCAUGAAUGAAAUUGCUUUGCUUGACGCAGUCGAUCAUCCAAACAUCAUCCAGCUCUUUGGAUUUUAUCUAACUGAUGAAGACAUUCACCUGGUUCUAGAACUUGCUCCCAAAGGUGAUCUAGGCCAUAUGUUAUUCAGAGGAAACUUUUCUGAAAGCAAAGCGAAGCAUUUUGUCUUGCAGAUUGCUGAAGCUCUUGAAUAUUUACACGAAAAUCAAAUAAUCCAUCGAGAUGUCAAAACUCUCAAUGUUUUAUUGAUGAACGACGAUCAAAUCAAACUAACUGACUUUGGUACAGCUACGGUGGUUGAUUCGUCUGGAUCUACUCGCGGUGACGUUGGUACUCCCUAUAGCAGAGCUCCAGAAAUCAUCUUGAAACAAUCUUACUCGAAGAAUGUUGAUUGGUGGUCGCUUGGAGUGCUUCUAUACGAAUUAGUCACUGGUCAACAACCUUUUCAUGAAGGUAUGUCUCAAAUUUUUCACUUCUCAUCACUUCUUAAUCUUCUUGAUCUGUUGUCUCAUUUAACUGAUCUCACUUUUUGUGUUUGUUUUGAUAGGUUACGGUCAAGACAGUUUAGAGCACAAUAUCUUAACUUCAGAAGUUUUUUUUUAUUCCGCUGA